GCGCGCUCUGUGUGUCCCCGGCCGGGCUUCCCUCUGUGGAGCGGUCUCAGGGGAGCAGGGGGGCUAGCUGCAGUACCGGGGAGGGACCGGACUCAGGGCAUCAUGAGCGGAUCACAGAACAACGACACCAAAAGACAGUUUCUUCUAGAGCGGCUACUGGAUGCAGUGAAACAGUGUCAAAUCCGGUUUGGAGGAAGAAAAGAAAUUGCUUCAGAUUCUGAUAGCAGAGUGACUUGCCUGUGUGCUCAGUUUGAAGCUGUACUACAGCACGGUUUGAAGAGGAGCCGAGGUUUAGCAUUAACAGCAGCAGCAAUCAAACAGGCAGCAGGUUUCUCCAGCAAAACAGAAACAGUUCAGCUUCAUGAUGUCUCCUUUGCAUGGCAUCCAGUGAUCUGUUUGUCUUCCCUUCCUCAUCCAGAGCCAGCUUUUUGGUACUACGUAAGAGAAGUUCUGAAUAAACAUGAACUACAGCGCUUCUACUCUCUGAGGACUAUUACUACAGAUAUUGGCAGAGGCCGUGCCUGGCUACGCUGUGCAUUAAAUGAACAUUCUCUGGAAAGAUAUGUCCAUAUGCUGCUUGCAGAUAAAAAUCGACUUAGUGUCUUCUAUGAAGACUGGUCUUUUAUGAUGGAUGAAGAACGUUCUAGUAUGAUCCCUACGAUGGCAGCUGGUCUGAACUCCAUUCUUUUUGCAAUCAACAUCGACAACAAGGACUUAAAUGGGCAGAGCAAAUGUACUCCUACCGUCUCUGAUCUCUUAAAAGAAUCCACGCAAAAUGUAACCUCAUUGUUGAAGGAAUCCACCCAAGGUGUUAGCAGCCUUCUAAGAGAGAUAACAGCAUCCUCUGCUGUUUCCAUUUUAAUCAAACCUGAUCAAGACACUGACCCACUUCCAGUUCUAUCAAAGAAUGUUAGUGCUGAUAUAAAAUGUAGAAAAGAUCGGAAGAAGAAGAAAAGGGUGACACACAUCAUCUCAUUUGAUGAGGAGGAAGAUGAACAAAAUUUAGGAGAUACUUUAAAGACAGCAGUUGCAGGAGAAAGCUCAGAAGAGAACUCAGACAAGUCAUCAGCUUUUGUGUUACCUUCCUCUGAAGGCUCUCUUGUACAAAAUUUAAAUGGAAAUCAGAAUACCCAUUUGUGGAAAAGUGAUUCCAUGUUUUUGAAUGGAGAGUGUAGUUACCAGAAGCUUGAUGUGAAGAGUAUUGAUGAUGAAGAUGUGGAUGAAAAUGAGGAUGAGAUAUAUGGAAAGAUCCUGGGAAACAAAGGCGUAGAAGAUGAAACAAAAGUUUCAGAAAAGCCAUAUGAAGGGAGCACAUGCAAUUCACAGAUAUGCACUUGGACUCCCCUGCAGAUCCUGAAUGAUAAUUCAGAUAUUCUGUUUCCUGUCAGUGCUGUUGGUUCUUACUCCCAGAUUGGUAACCUGGAGAAUGGAGAUGGGCAGGAAAGUGCUGUUCUUGCAGUAGAACUGGCUCAGAGAGGAUCUGAACUUCCUUAUAGAGUGGAUGUCAGUCCUCCUGUUCAAGCGAAUGCUUUAAGCAAUAUGUUGCCUUCAGCCACUGUGCCAGAAUCAAUGACAAUUAAUGAACUUCGGCAAGCUAUUGUGGCCAUGAUGAACAGAAAGGAUGAGCUCGAAGAACAGAACAGAUCUCUGCGAAACCUGCUCGAUGGAGAGAUGGAACAUUCUGCACUACUCCGGCAAGAAAUUGAAAACUUGAGACGGAAAGUAGCAGAGCAUGAGGAGCGACAUGCAGCAAAGAUCCAGGCCUUGGCAAGGGAGAAUGAAGUGCUGAAAGUACAACUCAAGAAGUAUGUGGGAGCUGUCCAGAUGCUGAAAAGAGAAGGUCAAACAGCAGAAGUUCUGCCAAACCUUUGGAAUAUUGAUGGGGAAUUUACCAUACCUGAGCAAAAGCAAAUAGAAAACAACGAGGAACUAGCAAACUCCUAUGAAAGAAAACUGAUUGAGGUGGCAGAAAUGCAUGGGGAGCUUAUAGAAUUCAAUGAGCGACUGCACCGUGCUUUGAUGGCUAAAGAAGCUCUUGUAUCCCAAAUGAGGCAGGAACUCAUUGAUUUGAGAGGGCCAGUCCCUGGGGAUUUGAGUCAGACAUCUGAAGACCAGAGUUUGUCAGAUUUUGAAAUAUCAAAUCGUGCCCUUAUUAAUGUUUGGAUUCCCUCAGUCUUUCUACGAGGAAAAGCUGCUAAUGCAUUCCAUGUUUACCAGGUAUAUAUCAGAAUAAAAGAUGAUGAAUGGAAUGUUUAUCGAAGAUAUGCAGAAUUCAGAAGCUUGCACCACAAGCUGCAGAAUAAAUACCACCAAGUAAGGACCUUUAACUUCCCACCAAAAAAAGCCAUUGGAAACAAGGAUGCAAAGUUUGUUGAGGAACGACGCAAACAGCUACAAAAUUACUUACGGAAUGUUAUGAACAAAAUUAUUCAAACUGUGCCAGAAUUCACAGUUAGCCCCAAAAAAGAGUCUCUUAUUCAACUGAUGCCCUUUUUUGUUGAUAUCCAACCUGUGGGAGAACCAGUAAGCAAAAGCAAUCGCUCAAGAGUGGCUACCCGCUUUCCAAAGCUAUCUCGGCACCAUCAAAGGGAGCCACGGAACCUGGAGCCUCAAAGUGGUGAUCUCUGACCCUUUGUAUAAUUGUGAACAUCAGCACCAUGUACUUUAAACUGCCCUGUGAUUCUGACCUAUCCUAUACUGUUGAUUAUGAAAGGCCCUGGGGAGAAUAUAGCUGUAUUGAGUUAAUUCCUGAAAGGAGACUCAAUACUAAGGUUCAUCAUUCUGAUUUAACAGGUCACUUUCAAAAGCAGCAAGCAUUUUCCCAAUGGAAUAUGAGGGCUCUUCACGGGGCACUCAGCAAAUUGUACACACUUUGUUUUGUAAAGCAUUCUCUUUUCUUCUAAACUUACUCCACUACUUUGAGUCCCUUGUUUGUGCUGUAGUGUCUCGUACACCCAUACCAUCUAUUUCUGUUCCUGAGAUCUGUGCGCAUCAUGUUUGGAGAAUAUUAUUUUUUUCUUAGAAGUACAACUGUAACUAUCACUAAUCAAUAUUUGUCACAAAGUUGUACUUAAAAAACUUUCCAAACCCAUGGCCUUUUGGAAAUGGAAUGACUGUUGCUUUUUCAUUAUGAUCUUCUGGUGCACUCAAGAGUCUUUUAUAAACGUUACAAAGUAAAUAACAGAAGGAAAAACAGUAGAGAGGGCAAAAAUAGCCUGUGUGUUUCUAGUCAGAUAUUCCCAGAAGCUCUCACUUGUGAAGAGUUAUUCUACCAAAAUGGAGAUUCUAAUAAUUUUCUAUUGAAAUUUUUGUUUUUGCUUAAAGACAAGGUGCAGUACAAGUCAGCUCAAGGAGUUUAGCAAAAAAGGAAACACAAAGUUAACAUGUUACAGAAUAGAGUAUUCCAGCAUUUGACUUUGUUCUGUUAUUGAUUUCUUGCUGAUGUUAUUAUAAAAACAGUCUCUCAGCAUAAAGAAAGGGGACAUUUGGGCAUUCUUACAGCUAGUUUGUAAGACACAUGAAAUGCUGUUGCUAAAAGAUUGCUUAAGUUGAAAGUGCCUGUCACCUUUUUACUGGAAAGUGACUUGUAACGAUGUUGUGAGAACAACUAAAGAAAACUGGGAGAAUAAUUGUUACAAGUGCUGUAAAUCCUGAAAUGGAUCAACUGGAAUCCAGUUCAUAACAUCUGUUAGCUAUACUGCCACAGGCGGUAAACUGUGCUUUAGCCAUCUUUUUUUUCCUCCGGUAUAGAGUCUUAACCAAUAUUCAUUCAUGUUUACUAAAUAAUAUAUUCUGGUUUACCUGUGCACCAGAACAACUCUCUUCUCACAAGUUGUUUGGAUAAUCUGUGUUCCCGUAGGCUGCUGAAUUGUCUGGCUAUACCGAAGGAAGGACAGGAGACACCUGAUAUAGUUUUAAUCAGACUGCAAUUUUAUUAUUAGAUGUCUAUGACUUCCCAGCAGAUAAAAGUGUAUCAUGCAGGUAACUCCGUGAUCAUUCAGUUAAUACCUGGAAGGCUUCUGCCAGCCCCCAUCUUUUUCCAUGCAGGUCCCCCAGCCACCCAUUGCUGGGACCUUGCCAUCCACCACCACCCUUGUAGGAGGGUUAAGGUGGGCUGUAAGAAAAGGGGGUUGUCUCCUGCUAUACCACGUUUAGGAGCCCUGAAGCCCCUGUCCCACCCUGUUCCAUUACUUUAACCCACACUUCCUUUUUAAGUCCUUUUCCAAGCCAUUUAUCCAGUCACUGUACACAUUCCCUGUGGAGUACCUGGACAACCACCCCACACUUACAUAAUGAGUUGCGACAUAUAGCCUAACUCCUUUCGCUGUUAACCAUAAUAAAACCAUCCCUGAACCUGCUGUGGAAGACAAAAAAAAACCUACCCCACCUAGGCCAAUCUGCUGAUGAGGGAAAAAGUCCUUCCCAAAUGCCCUAAAAGAAAUGGUUAGCAUGAUGCCCACAGCAGGUCCUGACCAAACCUGGUAUUUUGCCACCUGAAGGGGAGGGAAAGGUAGGUGCUGCCUUGCCCGCUCUGUGGAAAAAGAGCUCCUCAUGCCUAGGCUUGCUCUUCUUCAACUCCUUCGCCCUUCCAGUCCCAGAGGAUGAGUCAGAGUCACCACACUCACUCCACCUCCUUUUGCAGCAGCUUCUGACCUCUCUCCCUCAUCCUCAAAACACUGAUUCCUUUCCCUCAGCAAGCCAGACAACGGCCCCCCACUUAAAGGUGCUGUGUGGGUCAUUUUUGUUAUUGACUGUCAGUUUAUUAUGUUAAAACCUGACAGUAGUUAUAGAAACCCAAGGGGUUGGGUUUUUUUCAGAAAAAGAAGUGACUUCUUAUUAAUGCACUUUUUUGAAUGUAGAGCUAUUUUAAAAAAUCUAAUGAACUGAGACCCAUAUUCUUCAAGCCUAUGUCCCAUUUUGUGGCACUUAUUCACGAGUAGCCCUAUUGACUUCAGUCAGACGACUCGCAUGAAUAAGGUUUGCUCAAAGUGAAUAAUGGUUGCAGAACUGAGUGUGAAGAACUGUCAUAGAUUGCACUGAGUGAUGGGAAAAGGCAACCAGCGGCAACUAGGUAUUAACAUGCGAGACCCCAAAAGAAAAAUCAUGUCCCAGAAAUCAAAAAUUGUUCUGUUACUUGCAGUCUUAUCUGCUACUGCAGUAUCUUCUGCACAUCGAUAAGAGAGCUCCUUUAUAAAUGAAUCCCAACAAGCAGCUUAUCAUAAAAGCUAGAUGUCUUGGUUGAAUCAGAAAAUGAGUUAAUAUUGGUGUUUGAAUCUGUUUAAAAAUAAAAAAUAAGAAAAUCUGUAAGCAGACUGCAGCUAAAGCCUCUCCGAACCAAUUAAUUUGAUGCAUAACUUGUAUAUUGAAGUUUGUCUUUGUUGAAAAAUUCAUAGAUUGAAUGUGAGUUCCACUUUGAAAGACUAAAAAUUCAUAUCUUUAAAAGGUCUAAAGUCUUUACAAGAUUGACAGGAGUGUAAUCUGUAAUUCAUGUGCCAACUUUUGCCUACUAAUAUUGAAUUACAGAUUGAAUUGAAAGCCUACCUUGCAUAAAUUCCUUUGGGGAGAAUUGGAUGUAGAUGUGUUUAUCACAUGAAUCUGUUUUCGUCUUCAAAGAAUAGUUCAAUGUACAGCUUUUCCUCCCUUCUUUGAAAAGCUGCAAAUGGUAAGGAAACUAAUUUAGUAGAUACACAUGUGCUAAACAUAGAAUGACGUGUACUAUCCAUAUUUUUAAAACUGUCCUUAUUGGCUCUUUAAAUUAUCUCUCUCUCCUGAUUAAUUUGCCUUGCCUAAUUUUUAGUAUAUGAAUAAAUAUGCAAAAAUACUGGACUUGUUUACAGUGAACAAGUUGUUCCCUGCUAAUUUUAGCAUAAAAUUACUCAUGGGGAAAUUUUGCGCCACUGCACUUGUGCAGAAUUCAUGUCCCUGCAGAUUUUUUUUGCUUCCCCGCAGAAAAAUGACUUUCUGACAGGGAAGCAAAGGGAAGCUGCAAGAGCAGUCAGGCACCGCUCCCUAGCUGUGCAGGUACAUCGUUUCAGGCACCCGGAGCAGCCAAUGGAGAGGUAAAUCACCGCAGAGACACCCAGCUAGUGACUCCUACCCUGAGCCGGGUUCAGCUGCUAGUCCCAGCUGGGCUGGAGGCAGGUGAGGAUGGGACUUCCUCUUCCCCUGCAAGGAGUGGCUGGGGCUGUGUCAGAUUCACACCCAGAACCCCCCCACACACUCCCACAGCUGCAGGAAGCUCUGCAUCCUUCUUUCAUCGCUUCACAGCUGCAGGGGUAGAUGUCUCUGUAUGGGGAGUUGCUGUCCCAUCCACCCAACCACCGUGCAGCUGGACCUCCCAUACCCAGACACCCCCACCAAACCUCCCCCUUACACCCAGAACCCCCCUAGCCCUCCAUACCUGAACCCCAUCCCACUGAACCUCAACCCCUGCAGCUGUAUCCUCCCUGCACCCAGUUCCCCUGCCUCCAGACCCCCGCCCCUGCACCCAGACCACCUCCCUCUGACCUCCCUGCACUCAACACCCCCACAAGCCCCACCCCCUGUACCUCCACAUCCAGACCCCUACACCACUGACCCCCAACUAGCUGCACCCAGACUCCCAUGCCACCAAGACCCCCACCCCCAGACCCCUCUGCUGAGUCCCAGUCACUUUCACUUGGAAACCCCUGCAGAGUCCAAUUGCCCCUGCACCUGGAACCCCCUCAAUGUGGGGGGAGCCUCUGGGCAUUCAGAUCUCCCACGCCUAGACCCCCCACUGAGCUGCCUCCUUCCAGAUUGUCCCAUACAGAAUUCUCUCACCCCACACCUGGAUCCCCCCACACUGAGCUCCUCCACACAGAAUUUUAAAAUAUUGUGCACAGAAUUUAAUUUUUUGGCACAGAAUGCCCUCACAAGUAAAUAAAAUAUAUAUAUGCUACUAAGAUUAGUGACUGCAGAGAACCUUCACUUUGUGAUAUGAGCUUGUGUUACGUACUGCAGUUAUUAAUCCACUUAAAUACUCUUCUGUUGUCUCUUUAAGACAAUAAUUCAGUGGGAUCUCCUCUCUAGAAUUAACACAUUAUAAAAGGUUAUACAGUAUCUGAGCCUGCAAUCUCAGUAGAAACAUUCAAUAACAGAUUAUAUGAUAUGAUAUGAGCCAGAUCCUGCUUGCUUUACUCAAGAGUACCAUGAGACUACUCACGUGAGUUAGAUGAAUAGAAUUUAGUGUUCUAAGGAUUCUGGCCAAGAUUUUCAGAAAUGCCUACUGAUUUUGGAUGCCCUAAUUUUUGGCAUCUGAGCCAAAUGGGGCCUAGUUAGUCAGUGCUAAGAACUCAUCCUCUGAUGAUCAGGCCCUUUAAAAUGUUUUGGCACUGAAAAUCUUGACCAUCUAGUUUAAAGAAUCUAGUAGGUUUAUAUCAUGUAUGCAUAAAAAUACUGUAAUCAUAACAAUGGUUCUAUUAAGUGUAUAAGAAUAAUUUCAAUUUCUCCCAUAUAUCAUUUAAUUAAAUGCAUGCAGUUCUGAUUAUUAAACACU